GAAGUGAGAAGACACAACACAACACAAGUACUCUACAACUUAUAUUUCCCAAACGCUAACUUUAUCAAAUUAAUUAUUUUAAUUAAAUAUAAUUUUUAUCACUGUAAUUUCAUCGUCUUCCACGCAACUACAACCAAAAAAAUAAAAAAAAACCAAAGAAAAACCCUUUCUCUUCUCUCUUUGCGUUCUUCCCCCAACUUCUAUCUCCUUCUUCAAAUUCUUCAUCUCUCACUUUGUUUUCCCCAAAUUCCAUUCCUUUACUCGAUUCCUCCGUUACUCCCGAGCUCUUUCCACCUUAUCUGCUCCCUUCAAGGUUAUUCACUGCAUUCAGGCAUUCUCGUACAGCUUGAGGUGCUUGUGCUGAAAGGAAAUAUUUCUUGCUGCGAGUAAAUGCUGUUUGCACCAAUUAGCAAACAGGCAGAAAAAUCAGUUGCAAGUGGCAAGCAACAAAUAGUCAUCCUAUAUUGUGUUUGGCUGGAGCCUUGAGGUGGAUAAAUAAAGGUGCUUCUCCCCCUUCAAAUCUUUUGGAAUGUCAGCAGUGACGCCGAGAUUGAUCAUGAUCAGGACUUUGUCAUAACCAUUUUGUCUACUGGGCAUGGACUGGCUGUUUAUGCCCACUGUUAGUGUCUGUGAACAAUGUUUAGCAGGCCAAGGGGUGCCAGUGCUUUUAGUAUAUUCAAAUGGAAACAUCCAGGGGCGUCAUCUCUGACAACAGGUUUACUUCACGAAGAUCCGCCGGAGAUUGAAUUGUCUGAUUAUGGAAAGAUCCCCAGUCCAGGAAGUGAGAGCCCUUCAGGGCUUCUUAAUGGUGAAAGCCUAAAUGUAGAACCAAUUGCCGAUUUGGAUCUCUUCUUUGAAAGGCUUUACAGCUACUACUGUGAGAAAGGGCUAUGGUGCAUCAUUAUUAAGUGGAUUGUUGAACUUCUAAGUCUGGGGUUCACUAUAUGUUUUUCUGGAUUUUUUUUACUAUAUGUAGAUUGGAAUGGGCUCCGUAAUGCAAAGUGUGGGAUGGAUGCGGUUGAAUCCGGAAUUAAGCCCUGUGAUCUUGCUAAAGAAGCUCUUCAUCAACACCCUUUAACCCCACUAACACUUACCAAAGCUAUUAUUGUUGGAUACUUGGGAAUAUUUUCUAUCUAUUGGAUUUUUUGCUUCUUGAGAUUCUUUGCUCAACUAAAGGAUAUUCUGGAAAUUAGGCAUUUUUACUAUAACAGUCUCCAUGUUACUGACAAUGAGAUUCAAACCAUGCCCUGGGCUACAAUUCUUGAAAAAGUUGUUCUGGUACAAAGGUCUCAACAACUUUGUGUGGUAAAAGAUCUUUCUGCUCACGACAUUGUCAUGCGGUUGAUGCGGAAGGAGAACUACUUAAUUGGAAUGCUCAACAAAGGUGUACUAGCUUUCCCUAUUUCACAGUGGUUUCCAGGUGCUGGUCCAACAGUGAAAUCUAGUUCUAAUGGAACACAGAAUCGUUUAAUACUAACCAAGACCCUUGAGUGGACUUUGAAUUGGUGCAUCCUGCAGAGCAUGUUUGAUCGAACUCAAAUGUGCUGCAGAAACUUUUGUGUCAGAAGGGAUUUUGUGUCAAAUCCAAAGACAUUACAAAAAAGGCUUAUGGUAGUUGGGCUUGCAAUGCUUCUACUCUCUCCAUUUCUUGUCAUAUUCAUGGUGGUAUAUCUCUUUUUGAGGCAUGCUGAGCAAUUCUAUAAUCAUCCUAGCACGGCAUCAUCUCGAAGAUGGUCAAAUUUGUCUAGGUGGAUCUUUAGGGAAUUCAAUGAGGUGGACCAUCUCUUCAAGCACCGGAUUAAUAGCAGUGUAUUGCAUGCAUCUGAUUAUGUCAAGCAAUUUCCUUCACCCAUCAUAUCUAUCAUUGCAAAAUUCAUCUCUUUUGUAUCGGGUGGCUUCGCUGCAAUUCUGAUCAUCAUUGCUUUUCUCGAGGAGUCUCUACUAGAGGGCCAUAUAUUUGGUCGGAACUUGUUUUGGUAUGGUGCUGUUUUUGGAGCUAUAACUGCCAUUAGCCGGGCUGCUAUUACAAAUGAGCUUCUGGUCUUAGAUGCUGAGGGAGCAAUGUCUAUGGUGGUUCAGCAUACACAUUAUAUGCCAAAGAGAUGGCGUGGCAAAGAAAGUAUUGAAAUGGUCCGUGUUGAGUUUGAAACCUUAUUUCAGUAUACUGGAAUGAUGUUACUAGAGGAAAUGGCCUCAAUUUUCCUCACUCCGUACUUACUUCUGUUUGUUGUCCCAAAGCGGGUUGAUGAUAUCUUGCAGUUCAUUGCUGAUUUCACUAUAAAUGUUGAGGGUGUUGGCCAUGUUUGCAGUUUUAGCGCCUUUGAUUUUCAAGAGCAUGGAAACAGUCAUUAUGGUUCCCCUUGCAAUGCUCCUUAUAGCCGGAGAAGUUCCCAGGGGAAGAUGGAGAAAUCAUUGCUGAGCUUUCAGAGUAGUUACCCAUCUUGGGAACCAAAUGCAGAGGGAAAGCAGUUCUUGCUAAAUCUUAGAACAUUCAGAGAGAGAAAGUUAUCGGUGCGUGGGGACAUACACGCGGCUUCCCCUCCUAGAAUGUGGAGGGUUAGUCCCAAUAUGGGAAGCAAUGGAGACAGAAACAGGUUCAUAUCCAGGGAAAUGUCGUACAGUACUUCUGCAACUGGUAAUCACUUGGGUUUGUGGUUGAUUGAAGCCAACCAAAGCAAUCAUCCCUAUCUUCUGGAUUGGUACUAUACAUCUCGAUCUCAUGACGCCAAUCUGGGAGAUGUUCCUUCCGAACCAUUUGGAGUAAUAGAGCAUCAUUCUAGAGAGCAUUGGAUGCCCUCCACCUUGACACAGACUGCAAGUGGGUAUGAGGAAUACUCAAACGAGUAUCACGAAGGUCGAGCUGCAUCUCAUCUUGGGACUUCCACAUCAGUUCCAAUCUUCAGGGAAAGCCUAAUUCAGGAUCGAAUUUAUAAUGUACUGUCCCAUCCUAGCAGGAGUCAUUGGUGGGCUAGAAGUAACCCACAGGGUGGACAAACUCAGACAAGCUUUUAUGAGCCUCCAGAUUUCAAUCAGGACACACAUAAUUAUUAUGAAAAGUUUUCUGAUAAAGGGUCAGAGGAUCAAGAUCAUGAACAGCACUUGUACUCUAGAGAUAGUGACAGAUUAUCUAGAACAUACACAGAUGACUUAGGGGCAGGGGAAUUUAAUCUUCAUUUUGACGAUAUAUAUAGCAGACCUCCAGAUACUCCCCCUGCAAGCUUUUGAGUGACAGCUCUGUUCCUCAUUAUUUAUUUCGGAGGUUCUUGCUGUCAUGAGCAUGAAUACAUUUCCAGGUCUAUUCUUUGUUGUAUAUAGAUUCGUUGUAAUGAGGUUAGACAGUUAAAUGAGCCUCAGUUGAUGUUGGAAGGUCUCGAGAUUACCUUAAAGGGGUAUGGGAUGCCUUCCUUUCUUCUUGUAAGUAUAUAUAUAUAUAUAUAUAUAUAUA